AGAUUGACGUGGCUGGAAAACUGUGCUGACAUUCGUGUACUUGGUGGACGUACAACUUCCAGCAACACGUUUACGCCGAAUUCGACAUUAGAUAAACCAACUAGUGACAACCAUGGUGCUGCUGGCAGCAGCGGUAUGCAACAAGUCGGGGAAAGCGAUCAUCUCACGACAGUUUGUCGAGAUGACACGCUCACGUAUUGAGGGCUUGUUGGCGGCUUUUCCUAAGUUGAUGAACACAGGCAAACAGCACACUUUUGUGGAAACGGAGAGUGUGAGAUAUGUGUACCAGCCACUAGAAAAGCUCUAUGUCGUCCUUAUCACCACUAAAGCUAGUAACAUACUGGAGGAUCUGGAAACUCUCAGGCUUUUUGCCCGAGUGAUACCAGAAUACUGCAGAAACAUGGAGGAGGUGGACAUCGUAGAUCAGGCCUUCCCUCUCAUCUUUGCGUUUGAUGAAGUGGUCGCCCUCGGCUACAGGGAAAACGUUAACCUGGCGCAGAUACGCACCUUUACAGAGAUGGACUCGCAUGAGGAAGCAGUAGCAAAGUCUGUGAGAGAGACACAAGAAAGAGAAGCUAAGGAUCUAAUGAAGAAACGAGCAAAGGAACUAAAUGCGCAGCGUCGAGAGGCCCAGAAAAGUGGGGGCCGCAGUGGUGGAUUCGGCAGCGGGUUCGGAAACUCAUCCUACUCAUCAUCAUCAUCCCAAAGCUCAGUUAUGGAUACACCUACCGACACACCUAAGCCCUCAUACACAGCACCGGCCAGCCGACCGUCUGGCGGAGGAAAGGCACUUCGCCUCGGCAGUAAAAAGAAGGACGUAGACACAUUUGUAGGACAACUGGAGUCUGAGGGAGAAAAGGUAUCCAAGGCAACAACAUCCCUGUCUUCAACAGUAGCCAAAGCCAGCACACCAGCAGUCGACCAGGACGGAGUACAUGUUGCAAUAGAGGAAAAGAUAUCUGUGUCUGCUGGCCGUGACGGAGGUCUACAGAACAUGGAAAUACACGGAAUGUGCAAGGUCAAGGUGAACGACUCUGAAUAUGGUCGUAUCAAGGUCAACAUGGUGAAUAAUGAUAAGCGGGGCAUUCAGAUGCAGACCCAUCCCAACAUAGACAAAAAGUUGUUCAACUCAACAUCGACUGUGGUCCUUAAGAAUCAAGACAAACCGUUUCCUAUUGGCCAAGAUGUUGGUGUUCUGAAGUGGCGGUUCCAGACACAAGACGAGGCACUUAUGCCCUUAUCCAUUAACUGUUGGCCUAAUGAGACACCAGACGGCUGUGAGGUAAACAUCGAGUACGGACUAGAACAGCAAUCAUUGGAACUCCAAGAUGUACUAAUCACAAUCCCCCUCCCGUCAGGAGUGGGUGGCCCAGUGGUGGGUGACUGCGAUGGCGAGUAUAAUUACGAAAGUCGGAAAAACCAGCUACAGUGGUCACUCCCGGUGAUAGACAAGUCUAAUAAAAAUGGCAGCCUAGAGUUCAGUAUAGCUGGCCAUCCGGACGAUUUCUUCCCCGUUGAGGUGUCAUUUGUGUCCAAAAUAUCGUACUGUGAUUUACAGAUAUCUGAGGUCGUGAUGUUGGAUGGUGAACAGCCAGUCAAGUUUUCAUCAGAAACCCUGUUUUAUGUGGACAAGUAUGAAUUUGUGUAGGAAUCAUGAACUGUUAUAAUAUUAAAAUUCAUUCAUCUAUAGAGACUUUGACAGUAGCAACGGCAGUCAGUACAGUCUUCGGGGACUUGGUGGCAGACGAGCCCACUAACUAAACAUGCCAUGCAUCAGACAUAAUUCAGAUGUUUUAAGAUGAAGGACGGCUAUUUCUGCUGUUUUUGGAGGAUAAUAAACCCCGACUUGAUGCUGUGAACACAACAGACUGGCUGUCUCUGCCAAAAUUGAAUUGCAGAAUUUAUUUAUAGACAUCUUUCUGCCAUCCAAGAUUACUGUAUAUGUGACUCGGUGUAAAUCAGGAUUUGGAUGAACUGGAUCUACACACGACACCAAGUGCACAGAUAACAAAUGAAGUGCUGAAGUUUG